UCAGUUCUUUGAAGAGGGUUGGGUCUUCGUUUGCAAGUUGGUUUGCGCGCGGCUGCGUCGAAUGGAGGCAGCAAUUUUAGGGGCGACAGAUAUCGUUGAAGUGACGUCUCCUCCUCCCGCUCGAUUAGGUGCUGUUGGUGGCUUAGUACUAUCCUGGUUUUCUGCUGCUUCAGAUGCAGCAGCAAAAGCAGGGCUUGGAGGGUCUCAGGGCAGCCGUGUGCUGCAGAAUGUCUCUGCUGCUAUUAAGAGACAUCAGAAGCAGCAGCUGCACCCCUUGUCAAGCAAUCCUUCGAAUGACCCGAACAGCUGCGCCAGCGGCGCUGGUUGGUGCGCCAUUGUAGACGACGUCUUGGAGAUGAACUCUGAUAGGCGGGCCUUCAUAGAGAUGGAGUUGAAUAUGCUGCAGCAGCAAAAGCCGCUGCCGCCUGAGGCCCCACCCCGGGGAUCGGUGGAUCCCAUGUGGAGGAGAAUAGAGGAGGCGAGAGAUUUGCUGCUAUCGAAGCGCAGCACCGAUGCAGCAGCAGCAGCAGCAGCAGCAGAAGGCGCAGCAGGAACAGAAGCUGCAGCAGGAUCACCAGCAGCAGCAGCAGCAGCAGCAGGAACUGCAGCACAAACCGAGCAACCGUCUCUGUCUCCUGUUUCUUCAGCAUCACCAGCGCCUCCAAGUCCCCACAAGAGCAGCAGCAGCAGCAGCAGCAGCAGCAGCAGCAACAGCAGCAGCAGCAGCAACAGGCGUUUUUUGAUAAAAACAUCGGAUCGUCUGCAUGUGCAGCAAACAGCAGCUUUGCUUCGUUCACUGGGGAGAGAGAAAGCAGCAGCAGAGGCGGAAGAAGUAUGCGGCUUAGCCUGGUCUCAUCAGCAGCUGCUGCUGCAGCUAGCAAGUAAAAGACAGCAUCUGCAGCAGCUAGCGAGGAGGGCUCUACUCAGACCUGCACAGCUGCCUGAAAGCCUCAGUCAUUGGAUGGCAGAUGCUGCAGCACAGUACUAA